GCCAGGUAUAAAACCUGAAAGCACUGUUGUGGGGCGCUCCUGUUUGGUACGGCUGGUCCAAGAUGAAGAUUAUCCUGCUCCUCUCCCUCGGUGUCACCCUGUUUUCUCAGGGAUUGGGCAACACGUUGGAUUCCUGUCAGGGUCGCUGUGGUAACUGGGCAAAUUCUGCGUACAGUUGCCAGUGUAACCCCCCCUGCGAGCGCAAUAGAGACUGUUGCUCUGACUACUACAACCUCUGCAAAGGUUCCACUUCCUGUAAGGGCCGGUGUGGGGAAAAGUAUAACUCACAGAACCAGUGCCACUGUAACACCAAAUGCAGCCAGUACAACAACUGCUGCAGCGACUACAGCCAGCAGUGCGGAGGUUCCACUUCCUGUAAGGGCCGGUGUGGGGAAAAGUAUAACUCACAGAACCAGUGCCACUGUAACACCAAAUGCAGCCAGUACAACAACUGCUGCAGCGACUACAGCCAGCAGUGCGGAGGUUCCACUUCCUGUAAAGGCCGGUGUGGGGAACAGUAUAACUCACAGAACCAGUGCCACUGUAACACCAAAUGCAGCCAGUACAACAACUGCUGCAGCGACUACAGCCAGCAGUGCGGAGGAGGAUCCGGAGGAGGAGAGCCCAUCACAGACUCAGAGCUGAAGGCCCUGUCUGAGCUGCUCUACUCCCUAGACUCCAACAAGGCCUCCCCCUCCGAGCUCGUCAUCGACAAACAGGCCCGAGUGUCCGACUCUCAGACCAGCUCAAAGAAGGACCUCUCCCUCAAGCCCUUGUUCAGCUUCCUGGAUGAGUCUUCGCUCUUCUCCAAACCCACCUUCGCGGCAUUCCUGGCUCUGCUGGAUAACUACCAGAGGUACACGGGCCAGUCAGAGAAGUUCAGCUCUGCCCAGCUGAAGGAGCAGGACACCUUCCUCCAGGAGGUCAUUUCCAACACAGAAAUCGGCCGGGAGCUCUACACCUUCUUCCACAGCAAAGGCCUCUACAGCUCAGAGGCAGAGUUCAUAUAUGACCUGAAGAUGAUGUGGUUCGGCUUGUACUCCCGCAGCAACAACGCAAAGGACUCCAGUGGGUUUGAGCACAUCUUUGCAGGAGAGGUAAAGAAAGGAAAAGUGUCUGGCUUUCACAGCUGGAUUCAGUUUUACCGUUUGGAGAAGAAUGGACUGAUGAACUACUACAGCCACAGUUUUGACGGGCCUUGGACCUCGUUCCCCGAUAUGCUGGGUAUGCAGUUUAACUGGGACGGGUACUUCAAACAAGUGGGCUCGGCAAUCAUCGGCAGCAGCCCAGAGUUUGACUUCGCCCUGUACAGCCUCUGCUACAUCGCCCGCCCUGGGAGACAGUGUUUCCUGAGUUUGGGAGGACAGACGCUGGUCAUCCAGACGUACACCUGGGAUAACUCAUAUUACGGCGAUGGAAAGAAAUUCAUCGCCUCCGGUUUCCCUGCCACCCCACGAGCCCUGCUCCAACACCCUUUCCUUCUCAACCCCGAGGAGGAGCUGUGAUUCAACCCCGAACCCCCAAGCUUUGCUCAUUAUCAAGGGAACUCUUAAUAAAUGGUGGUGAACACUU